CCUCCCCUCCCCUCCCCUCCCCUCCCCUCCAGAACCUUCUCUAUUUUCCGACGCUCCAAGUUCUUCUUUCAUGGCGUCCGAUCUCGAAGUCAAGGCUAAGGAAGCGUUUUUCGACGACCACUUCGAACUUUCCGUCGAGCUCUACACUCAGGCUAUCGCUCUUAGUCCCAAGAAAGCCGAGCUUUAUGUUGACCGCGCUCAGGCCAACAUCAAACUCGGCCAUUACACCGAGGCUGUUGCUGAUGCAAACAAAGCAAUUGAACUUGACCCUUCAAAUUCGAAAGCAUACUUGCGCAAAGGAACCGCAUGUAUGAAACUUGAGGAAUAUCAAACGGCAAAGAUCGCUUUGGAGACAGGUUCUGCUUUGGCUUCAGGAGAUUCGAGAUUUGCGAAUUUAAUAAAAGAAUGUGAAAAGCAUAUUGCUGAGGAAAUGGGCGAUCUUCCACAGGAAUCAGUGGAAAAAACUGUUCAGGAAACUGUUUUACCAACAAACGAUGUUGAACCUGUGAGUGAUCAAUCACACCAGGUGGCAACAGAAGCCAAACCAAAAUUCAGGCAUGAAUUUUAUCAGAAGCCGGAAGAAGUGGUUGUGACCAUAUUUGCCAAGGGAAUACCAGCAGGAAAUGUUGCUGUUGAUUUUGGUGAACAAAUUCUCAGUGUGACUAUUGAUCUUCCUGAUGAAGAUGCGUAUCGUUUGCAGACUCGUUUAUUUGGGAAGAUAAUACGUGAGAAGUGCAAAUUUUUUGUUUUAUCAACCAAAAUCGAAAUACGUCUUGCAAAAGCUGAAAAAAUACACUGGACGACUCUUGAAUUCUGCAAGGAGAACAGAAUUACCCAGACGAUUAAUGUCCCCGCUAGCGGAUCCCAGAGGCCCGCUUAUCCUUCCUCUAAGCCAAAGAAAGAUUGGGAUAAGAUUGAAGCUGAAGUGAAAAAGGAGGAGAAAGACGAAAAACUAGACGGGGAUGCGGCUUUGAACAGGUUUUUCCGAGACAUAUACAAGGAUGCUGAUGAGGAUACAAGAAGGGCCAUGCAAAAAUCUUUUGUGGAGUCGAAUGGCACGGUCCUCUCCACGAACUGGAAGGAGGUGGGAUCGAAGAAGGUGGAAGGAAGCCCUCCAGACGGUAUGGAGUUGAAGAAAUGGUAGAUCUGAUCAGAGCUUAUCCCAUUGGUUUGAUAUGCUAACUUAUGAAAAGUUGCAGUUUUGAGGGAAAUUUUCAUUUUGGCGUCUGUUUGUAGCGAGUCACCAGUCCUUUUUUGUGUUCGGCUUGAUUUGUCUACCAUUUCUAAAACCAGUGGUUUGAUUAUUCUUCUGUUCUAAACUCUGUGAUUGUAUCCAGAAAGUGAUGGGUGUCAUUAAUCUGUUCCAUGUAAUCAAAUGUAGAUCUGUUUUCUUUUGGCCCCACGAUAUUUUCGUUUCUUUUUCUCGACUGAAUGAACUUUAGAUGUUCUCAAUUCAGAACAUUGUUUGAUGAGUGUUGUGCUCUCGCUUUUCCUA